AAGUGAUCAGACGGAGGGAGAGAUCAGCCCAGACCAUCACCGCGCAAACACACCACGCUUGUGAAUUUUUGCAUGUCAGGAGCGGAGGAUCCUGUCGCCGGUCAACGGCCGUUUUCCAUCUCGUAUUCAUAACGCAUAAAAUCAGCGGCAUGUGGAAUUGUAUCAGGAUUAGGAAUUGGUUCCCAAUCGCGUGCCUGCUGUUAACGAUAUGGACGAAGGUGUCCCAGUCCUCUGGCUAUUUCGAGCUGCAGCUGAUUGCUGUAGAAAAUGUAAACGGUGAGUUGUGGGACGGGGAAUGUUGCGACGGCUCACGGAACUCUCAAGACCAGCGCUGCGUGCGGGACGAGUGCGAUACUUACUUUAAAGUGUGUCUGAAGGAGUACCAGUCUGAAGUCACCACCACUGGGCAGUGCACCUUUGGCUCUGGAUCUACUGACGUUCUCGGUGGAAAUAUAUUUUCUUUUAAGACUGCAAAGAACAACCCCAGCAAAACGAGCGAUGUGGGAAAGAUCAUCAUUCCCUUUCACUUCGCCUGGCCGCGAUCCUACACACUCAUCCUGGAAGCCUGGGAUUGGGAUAACUCCACUCAGAACACUGGAGAGGAGAAUUUGAUCGAGCGACACAUUCACGCCAGCAUGGUGAAUCCCGGCGACCACUGGCAGUCCAUCCGGCACCCCGGCAUCACGGCCCACAUUGAGUACCGCAUCCGGGUCAGGUGUGAUGAGAACUACUACGGGAGUAAGUGCAACAAACAGUGCCGGCCAAGAGACGACUACUUCGGCCAUUACCGCUGCGAUCCGUCAGGAAAUAUCGUUUGCCUAGAUGGCUGGAUGGGAGAGGACUGCCGGACAGCAAUCUGCAAGCAAGGCUGUAAUCUGAUUCACGGAGGAUGUACGGUGCCUGGAGAAUGCAAGUGCAACUACGGCUGGCAGGGCCAGUUCUGUGACGAGUGUCUGCCGUACCCCGGCUGCUUGCACGGGACCUGUGUCGUCCCCUGGCAGUGCACUUGCGAGAAGAACUGGGGCGGUCUGCUCUGCGAUAAAGAUUUGAACUACUGCGGCACGCACCAUCCCUGCGCCAACGGCGGGACCUGCAUGAACUCAGAACCGGAUGAAUAUAACUGUGCCUGUCCCGAAGGGUACUCGGGCAAGAACUGUGAAAUAGCUGAACACGCAUGUGUUUCCAACCCCUGUGCGAACGGAGGCACGUGUCACGAAGUCCCGACCGGAUUUGAGUGCCAGUGUCCACCAGGCUGGGAGGGACCCACUUGUGCUAAAGACAUGGAUGAAUGUGCCUCCAGCCCGUGUGCGCAAGGCGGAACAUGUAUCGACCUGGAAAAUGGCUUUGAGUGUGUCUGCCCUCCGCAGUGGGUUGGGAAGACCUGUCAGAUCGAUCUCAAUGGCUGCCAUGGACAGUGCCAGAAUGGAGCAACAUGCAAGGAGCUGGUUCAUGGAGGUUACCACUGUCAGUGUCCUCCAGGUUUUGUGGGCUUGCACUGUGAAGUCUCAAGGAACAAAUGUGCCAGCGGUCCUUGUCAAAACGGCGGCCGCUGCCAUGUCAUUCUGGACAGCUUUGUUUGUGAAUGCCCGCCUAACUAUGCAGGGAUGCUCUGUGAGGUGGAGAGUCUGUCUCACCCAAACCCCUGUGAGCCGAACCCUUGUCAGAAUAAGGCUUCGUGCUACAGCCUGCCGGGUGACUUCUACUGCGCCUGUCCUGAAGACUACGAGGGCAAGACCUGUGAAAACCGCAAGGACCACUGCAAGACAACCCCAUGCCAAGUGAUUGACAGCUGUACGAUUGCUGUGGCGAGUAACCGCUCAGAUGGGGGUGUGAGACACAUCAACUCUAAUGUGUGUGGUCCUCACGGACGCUGUAUCAGCCAGCCAGGCGGCAACUUCACCUGCACCUGUGAGCUCGGCUUUACAGGAACUUACUGCCAUGAGAAUGUAAACGACUGCGUGAGCAAUCCGUGUCGAAACGGAGGCACCUGUAUCGACGGGAUCAGCUCUUUCCAAUGCUUCUGUCCGGACGGCUGGGAGGGUGACCUCUGCGACCUCAAUGUGAACGAGUGUAGUCGGAGCCCCUGUAAGAAUGGCGGCCGCUGUGUGGACCUGGUCAACGACUUCUACUGUGAAUGUGCCAAUGGCUGGAAAGGAAAGACCUGUCAUUCACGUGAAAGUCAGUGUGAUGCCACCACUUGCAGUAAUGGAGGGACCUGCUAUGACCACGUAGACGCUUUCCGCUGUGCCUGCCCUCCCGGUUGGGGAGGAAGUACAUGCAACACAGCGAAGAACAGCACUUGCGCGUCCAGCCCCUGCCUGAACGGAGGAACUUGCGUGGGCGGUGGUGACACGUUCACCUGCAUCUGUAAAGACGGCUGGGAGGGGCCCAUCUGCGCUCAGAACAUCAACGACUGCAACCCUCACCCCUGCUACAAUGGAGGAAUCUGCGUGGACGGGGUGAACUGGUUCCGCUGUGAAUGCGCCCCUGGAUUCGCUGGACCCGACUGCCGUAUCAAUAUUGAUGAGUGCCAGUCGUCACCCUGCGCCUACGGUGCCACCUGUGUGGAUGAGAUCAAUGGCUUCCGAUGUGUCUGUCCGCUCGGUCGCACCGGACCUCAAUGCCAAGAGUUCAUUGGCAUUGGGAAGACGUGUCACUAUGCUGGACUUCAGUUCCCGCAUGGCAGUCGCUGGGAGGAAGAAUGCAACACUUGUCAGUGUGUUAACGGCAAAGUGGAGUGCACCAAGGUGGUGUGUGGCCGGCGGCCGUGCCUGUUGCCAGGGACGCCAGGGCGAGAGAUUCACUCCUGUCCAGGAGGUCGUGAAUGCCUGGAGCACAACUUCCUGACGUGCCUCUCUCCCCCUUGCCACCAGUGGGGGUUUUGUUCAAGGCCUGAAGCCACCCCAACCCUCCAAACCAAAUGUGAGCCCAACUCAGUCUAUCUGGACAAGAGCUGUGCUCGCAUCACCCUUAUAUUCAACAAGGAGAAAUUACCCACAGGAACGACAGUGGAGAACGUCUGCUCAGAGCUGAGGUAUAUGCCUGCCACGCGUAGCCUGGCGAAAGAUCACGCGCUGUUGGUUCUUUGUGACCUCUCCUACAAAAACCAGGACGCAGUAGAGGUGGCAAUUUCCUUCCAGCAGGAUGAGCAGCCUAACCACAGUCAGAUCCAGGAGGCAGCGAGUACCAUCGUCAGCACGCUGUCCAAGCGGCACAACAGCACCGUCAUGCUUGCCGUCAUCGAGGUCAAAGUGGAGAUGCCGGUCAUGUCCCAGCCAGUGGACUACCUGGUGCCCAUCUUGUGCGUCGUCCUGUGCGUACUCUGGGUCUUCUGCGUCAUCGUCUGCGUGUGGUGGACCCGUAAGCGUCGAAAAGAGCGCGAGAGGCGGGAGCGCGUGCCCAUGGAGGAGAGCGUCAACAACCAGUGGGAACCGUUGAACCCCGUGUCGCGGCCGCAGCACAAGGACAACCGGGACGCGCAGUACGAGCGCACCAAGCUCAUGGCCUCCCCGGACCGGACCUGCACAAGCGGGGAGGACGAGGAGGAGAUGGAGGAGGAAGAGCUGGAGCUGGUGGAAGAGUGGUGCGGGACGGAGGGGGGCAAGCGUCCCAUCCAAAAGUACUCUAAACCUGCAGCGCGGACCAAGAACGGGCUGAUCUGCACCACGCGGAGCAGCGGCAGCAGCGGCGGCUGCAGCAGCCCUUCCCUCAAAGCACCCUACUGGACAGGCUUCAGCCCAAAGGACAACAACUGUAAAAAUGUCAAUAACGCCACUGCUGAGCACAAGGAACAUUGCGUAUGAGCUCCGACCGAGCAGGACGAGGAGACCAAGGCCAUCUCAGAAACUAAGACUGAGUUUUUUUUCCCAUGUGUUAUUUUUAUUUUUGACUUCUCUGAGGCUGAUAAAGUGGCAAAUUUCUUUCUUUCCUUUUUUAUGUACAGAGGAAGCAAAUUAUAUUUCAUUAUAAGGAGGCGGUGAGAAGCCUUGCUUUUGUUUUUCGGAGAAAAAAAAAACUGCUGGAUUUGAAGCAGGACUAAGGAACACGUGAGACAACCCAUUAUAAAGACUUUUACGUUGUUGUUUACAAAUGGUUGUGCUUUUGGUUUCAUUUUGAGUGGCCCAAUUUCGGUGCAGACCACGUGCGGGAGGUGGGGGACGCUGAUUUCGGGGGGAUCCCCCUUCAACCGUUCAUCUGUUCUCCUUCCACGCCUGCCUUACCGAGCUCGUCGUCCAUGAGGAGGGCUACAGUGCCUAUAAAGUGGCCUUGUUUUUUCUGUCUUGGCUGAACGCUCUUUAAAAAACGGAUUGCAGUAUUUUGAGUCGGUCGCAAGUGCCUUCGGACAAGCCCCUCGGUUCUCGAUAGAUCACGACAAAGAGGAGAGGCUGGUCUUAAGAGCAGCUCCCAUUAUCACCAUCAAGGUAUUUGUUUAAACAAAGACAAGGGAUCUGUAAAUAUGUGUAUAUAAUAAAGGAGUCGCUGUGUAUAUUUGAAUUUAGUAACUUAAGUCACUUUUUUAUUAUUAUUAUUAUUAUUGUUAUUAUUAUAAUUAUGAUUUAAAAAUUAUGAUUAUUAUUGUUUUUUGUCUUUUUUUUUUUUUUUUUUUUUUUUUAUACACCAUUCCUUUUAUUUAUGCCAGUUGAUAUGGCAGGUUUUGUAAGAUGUAUACAGCGUCCCACAGUCAGAACAAAAAUAUAAUCAGAAAUCAUCCUAUUAUGUUGUUGGUUUUGUUUUCACUAGACACCUAUACGAUCGUGUGCUGUAUUGUGGCGUGUGUGUUCGCCUCUUUGAAGAGCCCUAUUCCCUUUCCACACCUGUCCUUUCUUGCUGAUCAUAAAACCAUGCUGCUUGUUUCUUGUAAAGAUGCUGAUUAUGAUGUCCAGCUGUUUGUUUCCUCCUUUUUCGUUUGUUCGUUUUGGUUUGGUUGGAUCGCAACUUCAUGAAGGGAACAAUUAUGUUGUAAAGCAUUUGUACUUGAGGUACCAGCUCAAAGAAAUGGAUCACCUCAGAAACGACUGGCUAUGAUUUGAGUUCUUUCAUCAUGAUGUUAAAUCGAAGAUUUCAUUUUUUGCUGAUGGAAAAAUGUUCCUGAACAAUUGGUUCACAAGUAAACAAGUACAAAUAAGCAAGUUAAGCUCAAUGUCCGUUAUGGAAGGGAAACGGGGUGGAGCUGGAGUUGAGUUUCUUCUUUUGUUUUGUUUUUUAAAAUGUAAUUUUUUUGUACAGAAGAAUUGCUCUGAAAACUUAUUUGGUUCAUUUAGUGGAAUUUAUGUUUGUUCUUAGAAAUAAAUCAAACUAUUUAUUAAAGCAUUUUAUAACAAUGUGCUCGAGAA